GAAUCGAGCAUUGCUGUGGCUGACCAUAUUUCUACGGUGUCAUAUCGAAAUCGGAUUCGCAGAAAGUGGUGACUUGGCUCCUAGACUCUGUAAACGCCGGUCGCAGUGUCUUCUCCAGUACUGAACAGCAGAUAAAGCAUCUUAAAUAAAGAAAAAAAAAGUUACAAGUUACAAGCUAUCUUACAGUGGAGACAACAAGCGAAGAGCAAAAGAAUAACCGGAAUUAUAACAUUAAACAGAAAACGGCCACGAAUCCCUGUAGGGAAGCAAGAAGAAGCAGCAGUGGAAAAGUUCCCUUCCACGCCUUGGCAGUCGAAACGGUGGAAAACUGGUGGUGAAGCAAGUGCGAGAGAAGAGCAAUUUGCGAGUGUUCCGAUAAUCGACAGAGCAAGUGAGGGAGUGAGAGCGCGCUCGACUUUAGUGUGGAAAGAGUGUAAAAGGACCAAAGUGAACACUGCUGGAAAAGGUUGAAGAACUCUCAUUCGCCUGUUCUGUCUCGAGAAAGAGAGAGAGAGAGAGGGAGAGGGUAAAAAAGGCAAACAGCAGUUGGGUGGGAGAAAUCAAGAGUGGUGUUUUGCGGCGUUGGGAAACUAAAAACCAAGGCACAAGGCUAGUGUGUUAGUGAACUGCGCUCGUUCUGACAGAUCCUGAAGACACUUUUCCUGAUACGGGCGCGGCCAUAUUCGGAUCACACGUACGCACACAUACAGUACAUCCACACCGCGUUUUACCCAUCAUAGUUCAGACGAGCAACAAAGUGUAGUGACGUUUCAGAACUGGACCACUUCGCGAAAUAACCCGUGUGAGAUAAGCCAGUGAUAGCGAAUCCGGGAGGUUUCGGGGACGAACAGUACCAACUGAGCAUCACCACCGUUCAAACCGAUCGUCAAACUGUCGAAACCAGCCGCCACUGAGAUGUCGGGGGAUCAAAGCGGUCCCAUCGAACUGAACGGCACGGAUGGUGUCGUCACGAACGGUGGCAAUGAUCCCCACGGGGAAGUCACCAUGAACGGUGGGUCCUCGACCCCCGGAGGUGGCGGAGGCAGUGACGCGGGUGGCGCUGGUAGCCAGAAUGCGGUUGAUGCGGGCUGCUCGGACGGGCCGCCCAGCAUUAUCGGCGUUGGGCCACCCAGCCCUCUAACCGGGUGCUAUCUGCUUAUCGUUGUCGGUGAGCCGCACUCGCAGGACCACAAGGAUAUCAUCCUGCAGCGACUUACUAAAGGCUUCCUGUCAUGGGACGUGUCGGAAUGCCACGUCGACCUGGAGGAGGAACUGCAAACCAUCACGCUGCAGGCUCUCGAGGGCGAGGAGGGCAAACACGGUGAACGGUUGAUCCAGUAUGCGAGCGAGAAUCUCGUCACGGAGAUCCUGAUCCAUCCCCAGAUCAACACUUUCGUCCAGUGCAUACGGAAUCUGCUGAGCAGCUUCACCCGGCACCGACACAUCAUCCACACCGGUUAUACCUUCACCGCCAACGGUUCCUGGAUUUUACAGGACGGUACCUUCUCGGUGGUGGACUUCCUGGAGGCGUUCCAGGAGCACGAGGUACAGCGAGUCCUGCGCGCCUAUCCGGACACCAUCACGAUGGAUGUACACUGCGCACCGGUUGGCAACUGGGCCUCGAUCCAGGACAAGACCUUUGCCCGGCUCUGUCGCAUUCGGCUCAAUCCGGUGGACGUUUUGAGUUCGGGCAGUGACAAGUUGAACGCCUUCGUGGACUAUCUGGCGUCGAUGAUCGUGCCGACGGAGAUUUCCGAGCUGCUGGAAAGUUCCGACGUGGUGGGCAAUAUUCGCUUCAGCCACCCGACGCUGUAUGUCUUCCCCGGGGGGCAAGGCGAUGCCGCUCUGUUCGGUAUCAAUGGAUUCAAUAUGCUAGUCGAUGGUGGCUUCAGUCGAAAGUCGUGCUUCUGGGACUUCGUGCGCCAUCUGGACCGCUUGGACGCCGUUCUGAUGACUCGCAUCAACAACACCAACAUCAAGGGCAUCUCAGCGGUCGUCGAGCGUAAAAAUGAGGCCCACGUGUACCCCCAGAUCGGGCACUUCUUCUGCAACAUUCCCGAGCGCAAGAGUCUGCUGAGUCCCGACGGCGACAAGGAUCGCGAUCCGCUGCUGGUGGAUCUGAUCGAGGAAGGACACCAAAUUGUAACGAAUCUCAAAUCGUUGAAUCUGAAGGCACAAAACUGUUAUCGCGACGUGGAACCCAUCAAUUUGUACCACAAAGUUGGUCACGGCACGCUGGACAUGUACGUAAUUAGCCCGGCAAAGGACUCCAAGGAGGUCAAAGAGUUCCUCGCCAAGUGGAAUGCCGCCGAUCCGAAGCUGUUCACUCCGAAAGAUUCGAAAGAUUUCAACUUCCCCAUUCAAAACAUUAUCUCGGUGUGCGCCCUGCUAGUGUGGACACCGGCGAAUCCGGACGACAACAUCACGAGAAUACUCUUCCCCGGAUCCGCCCCGGAGUACAAAAUACUUGAGGGACUGGAGAAAAUGAAAAACGUCGAGUUCAUGCGCAACCCGGUGUGCACCGUGAAGUCAAUCGCGCCAAGCAUUUCGACCCAAGCCAUCACCAAGAAAUCACUCAAAUCGUCAUCCAUCGAUAAAAUAAUGCCCGAGCCAAUCCUUCCAUCCAAGUCGAUGAAACAGUCGGCGGAAAAGGAUAAUAAACUGCUCGACAGCAAUAAGAUGAAAAUAAUCGACAACAAGCUGGCCGACGCCAACAAAGACAUAAUGGACAGUUCGGCAGAGGAAACAAAACUGGAGAAGCAAUUGGGCAAGUCAACGGUGGCAACUGUUGCCGCUGCGAAAAUCGAUGCUGGAAAACUGAAAGCGGCAAAGACCAAAUCAACUGAGUCGGUCAAAAAGAUCGACAAUAAGUUGAUCGAAUCGAGCAAAAAGAUAGAGUUGGAAGAGAAAAAAGACUCAGCUUCCGACGCCGGCUCCGAAAAAGACGACACCGAAAGGAAAGCGUCCACUGAGAGGGACGCCAAGACGAAAGAGGAGACCUCAACGGUGAAAGAAGAAGCCAACAAGGCAGCGAAGAAAGCGGCCGAACGACCAAGCCGACAAACAACCACUCGGUCCCGCAUUGACUCCAAGCCUCCAAAGGCCACGACAAAGGCAAUCAAGAAGAAGGAUGAGACCAUCAAGUCAUCCCCUACCACACCGAAAAAGACAGCCGAACCGAAAUUGACCAACGGAGUGUCGGAGAAGAAAGACGAAGAGACAAAAAAGACAGCAGGUCCACCCAGAACAACCAAACCGAUCAGUUCCAAACCAGGCAAGUCGAGUCCCAAGAGCACCCCGGCUAAGAGUGCCAAAGACGCGAACAAUCGAAAGGUUCUCGAGGCUCGUCAACGGCCCGCUCCUAAGACUGUAGCGAAGAAGGAAGCCGCUGCCCCACUGGAGAAGAAAGAAACUCCACCUAAAAUCGAACGCAAACCCAUAUCCCGACGACCGAAAGGUGCAGCUCCGGUCGGUGCUGUCGGUGGAAGUCCUAUCAAGGCCAAGAAGUUGAUCAAGUCGGAAAAGGAUGCAGUCAUCCGCAAGGCAAAACUGGACAAAAAUGGAACCACUGAUUCUAGCCUGGUAUCGACGCCAAGUGCCGACGAAGCUGGAGUGGUUGUGCAGAAACACAUUGCCGAUACAGCAGCAGCAGCAGUCGCCACUUCCGGCGAAGGUGUCACCGAGAUGGAUCCAACCCAGCAGCAGAAGCUGGCGGAGCUGAAGGAAGAACAGGAAGCAGUCCGCGAGAUCGAAGCCGUGUUCAAACGGGACUCGGAGAAGGCUAAACGGCGAGAUUUGCUUUCCGAACAUCGGGAGAUUCAGGACAGUGCUACGGAACCGGAGGAGGAGGAAGAGUAUCUGAUCAUCGAGAAGGAGGAGCAAUACACGGAAGAUUCGAUCAAUGAGCCGGAGAGUAGCGCCACCAAAGAGGAGGAGAUCCAGAAACAUCAACGAGACUCGGAGGAGUCGGAAAAACGCAAGCGUGACAGCCUGGAGGGUGAGAAGGAGGAGAAGGCUGACAUAGAGAAGGUUGAAGGAGAGACAGCUGAGGUGGUUGAAAUUAUCGAAGGCGAGAAAGAAACAGAGCCAGUCGCGGAAGUGAAGGAAGACGCACAGGCGGAAGAUAAGGAAUCGGUGGACAAGAAAGAUGUCGUCGAGGAGGUUAAAGAAGAGCCGAAAGAGGGCGAAAAGUUAUCGCCCAAGCACAAACAGGACCUCGAGGAAGAAGUGCAGGAGAUAAUUGCUUCGGCCGAGGAAAUCGCUAAAUCUAAAAUGGCGACUUCCAUGGAUGGUCUAAAAACUGAGGAAAUCUCUUCUAUUAGUCCCGAUGAGAAGAUAAGCAGCACAAAGAAAACGAGUGAUACACGCGAUGAGAAUGAACCCGAACCCGUUCCGAAGGAGCACAUCGAGCCGCCCCAUGAGAGCCACCACGAGGAACGAGUUUCGGCAACGGCCGAAUCGGGAGCGACUACGACGGCUCCAACCCUUCCGGAAGACGAACGCAUCCCGCUGGAUGAGAUAAAGGAAGAUUUGGUUAUCGAGGAGAAACACGUCAAAGAGGAAACCAAAGAGGUCGAGGUAGCUCCGCCAGCUCCAACUGUGUACGAACCCAUGGAGCGACCGACUCCAGCUAAGAUGCACUUCAGUGCCCAGCAGCCUCAUAUGCGGGAUGUGGUGAAGACGCCGGACGAGGUUGCUGACCUGCCGGUGCACGAGGAAGCCGACUUCGAGGAGUACAGCGAGGACAAGGACAAGGAGGACGAGAAGGAACGUUAUACCAAGGAAAAACCGGAGGUUGGGGAUGCUGCCCAGAAAAAGCCAGAGACUGAUGUGAAGGAACAAAAGAAGACUGAUAAGGUAGUAGUGGAUAAGUCGGCAGAAAGUGAUAAACUAUGUGAUACGGUUAAGGAUGUCCAGCAGGAGGAGGCGGCGGCGGCGGCGGCGGCGGCAGUGGAGAAGGAAGUUCAGGAGGUUGUUGAAAAGGUGGAAAAGAACAUCGCAGUGGACAAACCACCAAAGCUGGAUACGCAGGCUUCGCCGGCGAAGGACAGGCUGGAUGAGGAAACCAUUCUGAAGGAUUUGGAAUCGCAGAUUCUUCCCGCGGAAGUGGAAAUCAAAGCGGUGACGGCGGAGAAGGGUCAAGCAAAGGCACCACAAGCUGAGCCCGUGGAACAGGAAGCGGACGAGGGCGAGGAUGAUGAGGACAAAGAAUCGGUCCACGAAGAAAUCAUUGUGGCAAAGAAGGUUGAACCGAAGGUUCCGGUGCCUGCGGAAUCAUCAGUAUUGGACGAAAUUUGGGCAGUUCCCGAGAAGGCGGAGGAAAAAUUGGAAGAAUUGAAACAGGUCAUUGACGAUAAAGCGAAGGAAACAACAUCCGAUCUGGUUGCGAUCAAGGACGAGAUGGUGAGGCAAAUCGCCGAUCGUAAGGAGGAGAUUGUGGACAUAGUUAAAACAGAAGUUGUCGACGUUGACAAAAAGGUAAAAGAAUCCGUCGCUGAGCUAGGUAAAGAGGCGGAAAAGGUCGCCCUGGAAGCUGCCGAUGAUGUUUUGAAGGGUGUGGCAGCCAAGGCCGAUGCAGUAAGCGAGGAUUUGCGCGGAAAAGCUCAACAAUUGGAUGACACCAUAGUGGGCGCCGUUGAAGUCCUGAAGCAAGACGUUGAACAAGUUGCCGUAAGGGCCGAUGAAGCACUGUCCACUAUCGUCGCUGAGAAGAAAGAGCUUGAGAAACACGCCAAAGAUAUUAAGGAGGAGGUUGCCGAAAAGCUUGAUGAGGGCAAGAAACAGCUGGAAGAGGAAAUCAACAAAACUGUUGAGCAGGCUCAAGAGAAGGCCAAAAGUGGAAUUAGCUCGUUCUUUGGUGGCAUUACCAAUGGAAUCAAGUCCGGAAUAGAGAAGAUUGCUGACAAAGUGGAGACAAAGAUCAAAGAUAAGACCGAUCAGAUGGAAGUCAAGCUCCAAGAAGUUACGGACAAGAUUGAAGACCUCAAGGGUAAGGAAGUGGAAGAAAUAUGCGAGAAGAAGGAACUCGCGAAGGGUGCUCCGUCUGCCACAGAGACAGCAGCUGCGUUCGAAACACCAUUCGGCUAUGAACGAAGCUUCACGCAGGAACUGCGCGAGACGCAUAUUACAACCGUAGAUUCUCCAGUCAGUGAUGUGGAUAAGAUCAGCGAUAUUAAGGCAAUGGUCAACAUCCCACAACACAUUGAUGAAGACAAAGAACUUGAGGAACUGGAGGCUAAACAGAUGUCGGGUUCGUUUGUGAUCGAAGAGGUUAAAUAUUCCUCCUUUGAGGAUGCCAACCUCCGUGACAUCAAAGAGGAGGACGAAGAGGAUCGUGUCACUCCGCCCCAGAAAGACGAUAAGAAGACACCGAGCCCAAAGUUGGACGCAUUUGUUCCGCCACAGCGCGCCAGAACUCCGGAGGAUGUCGCCAAAAUUGUGGCAAACGUGGCCGAAGUUCUGAAAUCGGACAAAGAUCUGGAGGAAAUUAUCCCCGACUUCGAUCCGAACGAGCUGGAGCGCAAGCUUUCGCAGGGAGUCGCCCGCGAUGAAGAUGUUAGCACCGUUCAGCGCAUGUUGGUGACCGCGAGCAGUGAAGACGGUGGUGAAGAGACCGUCAUCUGUCCAGCGGGAACAAUCACGUUCUCCAAGAGCGCUACUCCAGAGCCUCAGGCUUCCGGUCGAACCACUCCUGAAAUUAAGGUUGACGAGGAUUCCACCCCCAAACCGAAGGCUUCCGAGGAAAAACUAGAGAAACCUCAGCUGCCGGAAGUCAAACCAGAUGAGAAAUCUAGCCCGGCAUCAUCCGGUAAGUCUUCUCCCGAUCUGAAAACUUCACCGACAUCAAUCGAGGAAAAGGAUAAGCACGAACUGCCGGAGAAAGUUGUCGUCACCGAUGCGAAGAAGUCGCCCGCCAAAACCUCGGAAGACCGCAAGGAAUCAAUCGAGGAACAGUACGAACAGAUUGACGAUUCCCGAAGAGAGUCCGCUAUCAGUACCUUCAGUGAGCGCGAUUACACUAAGGACGAAAGUUCGAUCAUCGACGAACGGGACUCGUCUCGGGCCCAUUCCAUCUCCAGUUACAUUAGUGACAUAAGGGAGGACGCAGCGGAUGCUAAGUCUGCUUCCGAAUUCCUGAAAGACUCCGAUAAACAGGACGAGAAAGUGGAUGCGUCUGUCGGGAAGCAAAAGGAGGAGCUGUCCAGCCCGGAAUCGAUCGUUAGUCAGAGGACUGUGUCCGAACAGUCUACCGCUGACGCUGGUAAGGCUGUCACGGAGGCAAAGGCUACUCCCGAGACGGAGGAGAAGAAAUCCAUCCCGACGGAGUCGGUAUCCGAGGAGAAAGCUUCGGCUGGAGGUGCAAAAGAAAAGGACGCUUCCAGGCCGGCUUCUGCGGCUAGUCACGUAAGUGAAACAGCACCAGUGGAAGCAGUAAAUGCUGUUUGUGAGGAGAUAAGACCAGCGGAGUCGACCGGAACUCCAGCUGACAGCCCUAAGCCUGAUGUCGAAGAAUCCACAGUCAGUAAGAAAACCGAGGAAUCGCCAUCCGACAAAUCAGCGCCUAAAAUCGAAUCCAAGGAGGUUUCGCUUGAGUCGCCUACUCCAUCUAAGGUAGCUGAAAAGGUACCAGCGGAGGAAACCAAGGAAGCUUCGCGGCCAGCGUCAGCUGCAUCGCAUCUGAGUGAGAAGACCUCGCUGGAGGAAGCAAAGGAGGCGGGUUCCCGACCCGAAUCGGUUGCUUCCCAUGUGAGUGAAAAGGCUCAACCAGAGGAAAUACGGGAAGCUUCAAGACCCGAGUCAGUGGCAUCCCAUGUCAGCGAGAAAGUACCAUCGGAGAAAGUCUCAUCCGACGAAGCGAAAGAAGCGUCGCGGCCAGAAUCGGUAGGCUCCCAUGUGGAUGAGAAAGCUACUUCAGUGGAUGCUAAGGAGACUUCCCGACCACAAUCUGCUGCUUCACAUGUGAGUGAGAAGGCCCCGUUGGAGGAUUCAAAGGACGCCUCUCGACCAGAAUCGGCUCAACCGGAGGAACCUAAAGAACCUUCCCGGCCAGUGUCGGCAGCAUCUCAUGUCAGUGAGAAGGCUCCAUCAGAAAAAGCCCCAUCCGAGGAAACGAAGGAAGCUUCUCGGCCAGAAUCUGCUGCAUCGCAUGUCAGCGAGAAACCUCCAUCGGUCGAUGGUAAAGAGGCCUCACAACAGUCUGUGAGUGAGAAGACGCCAUCGGAAGACGUCAAGGAGACUUCACGGCCAGAAUCGGUGGCAUCUCAUGUAAGUGAAAAGGCUCAACCAGAGGAAGCUAAGGAAGCUUCUCGGCCAGUGUCGGUAGCAUCCCAUACCAGUGAGAAGGCUCCGUCAGAGAAAGACACAGCCGGGGAAGCUAAAGAGGUUUCCCGACCAGAAUCUGCUGCAUCGCAUGUGAGCGAAAAGGUCCCGUCAGAUAAAUCCGAGCCAAAAUUCGAUGCAAAGGAUGCGAUCCGACCGGAAUCAGUCACAUCACACGUGAGCGAAAAAGAGGUCUCACGGCCAGAAUCAGCUGCCAGCCAUGUGAGUGAGAUUGCAGAAGAAGCUGAAAAGAAGCAAACCACUGACAGUGCCAAGAGCAUUGUCGAGAAAGAGACUUCCCGUCCAGAAUCUGUCGCUAGUCAUACUUCCGAGAAAGUUGAAACCGAAAAGUUGGCUGAACCCAAAGAAGCAUCCAGGCCGGUAUCAGUUGCGAGUGACAAGACACCUUCCGAAAAAUCAGCCGAACUAGGUAAGGCUGAGGAUCCAAAGAAAGAAGACAAAGCUGACUCAGAGCCAAUUGCUUCUAAGGAUCAAUCGAGACGAGAGUCGGCGGUCAGUCACGUAAGCGAUAAGGAAGAACUGAAGCUCGACGAUAAACAAGAAUCGCGUCCAGCUUCCGCGGCUAGUCACAUCAGCGAAAAAACCACUUCCGAUGAGAAGAAAUCUUCCCAACCCGAGUCGGUUGCAACUCAUGCCGAAGAGAAGCCAUCCGCUGAUAAGCCAGCUGCGGUGGAAGAGCCAGCCAAGCCGGAUCCGACUCUCAAGUCCGAUGAAAAGGUGGUUGAUGAGAAGGAGACUGAGGCUGCCUCUCGACCUGAAUCCGUCGCUAGCCAUGUCAGCGAACCAGCGCCAUCCGAACAGUUGGAAGUUCCUGACAAACCAGAAGACAAGGAAAAAUCCAGUUCGGAAUCCGUUGCGAGCCAUGUAGAUGAGAAGGCUUCGGAGAAAGGCGAAUCUCGCCCAGAAUCGGUAGCCUCAAGUCAUGUUAGCGAGAAGGCUUCCUCCGACAAAUCCCCGGUAGCCGAUAAAAUCGACGAAAAGGUUUCUGAAGUCAAGGCUGAAGAAAAAAUUACCCCUACGGAAACUUCACAGUCGAAGUCGCCUGUCGCAAGUGAAACAAUGUCUCCUGAAAAGUCAUUGGCUGCAGAUGAAAAAGAAAAGCCAAAAUCUGAAGAGAAGCCGAUUGCUGCGGACAGUAAGAAAGACGAAGUUAUUCCAGAAAAAGCGGAACCGACUAAGGCAAGCGAAGGACAAGUACCUACACAACCUGAACAUACCGUUAGUGACAAACCUGUCUCAGAAAAGCCAGCGGUAGUAGCCGAUCAAGAAGUUGCCGAGCCGAUCACUACCAAGCCGGUCGACAAAGCUGAUGCUGCACAAGACGUCCCACGACCCGAAUCGGCCACCAGUGACAAAUCUCCGGCUGAAAAACAAUCGGUAGAGGAUGACAUGCCAACAAAAGUAUCCACAAAACCUGAAUUGACAACUGCCGACAAUCUACCAGAGACUGAAAAGGCAGCUGGACCUGAACCCGUACCCAAAACCGAUGAGAAAGCAGUAGUUAAAGCGGAUGUGCCUCCAUCCGAGCCUGCUCCAUCGAAGGCUGAAGAAGAAAAGGCAACAAUCCUCGACAAAGAAGAACGUCCGCAGUCUGCGACUAGCGAUAAACUAGUCUUUUCUGAAAAAGAAUCCUCCCGACCAGACUCCGCUACAAGUGACGGUAAAGCAGUUGACGAGAAAGAAGCAGCAGAACCAACCAAACCGGAGCCAGCCGUCGAUUCGAAGAGCACUGUUGAGAAGACAGAACCUUCACGACCGACCUCGGCGGCCAGCCACGUAAGCGAAAAAGAUGACACUUCACCCAAAGUUGAACCCGAGAAAGAACCUACACGACCUUCAUCCGUUGCGAGCCAUGUAAGUGAGAAUGAAGUAUCUGAAGCGGCGGCGGCUAAAACUGCUCCAGAAGUGCUAGAAUCAGCAGCUAAGGAAGAAUCGCGACCAGCAUCGGUUGCAAGCGAUAAGACAGACAAAUCUCCGGCUGGUGACGGUCAGUCGCAACAAGAGACCGCAAAGGAGCCAUCCCGUCCGGAGUCCGCUGCCAGUCUGGUUGGCGAGAAAGAGAAGCCCAUUGAAGCAAAAGAGGACGUGAAAUCCGAACAAAUCAGGCCUGAAUCAGCAGCCAGUCACGUCAGCGAGAAAUCGAUGGAUGAUGUGAAGGUAUCCGGUAUCGAGCUUCCCAAAGAGUCUGCGCCAUCCGCUGCGACUGAAAUGAAGCAUGACAAAGAGACUAAAGAGUCUGAGAAGGAACCAGAAUCUUCACGACCCGCCUCCGUCGCCAGUCACGUUAGUGACAAACUCGAGGCAGAAAAGGCUCCUACGAGGCCUGAAUCCGCCGCCAGCCAUGUAAGUGAGAAAGACAAGGAAGUGACGGUGAAAUCUGAAGACAAAGCCCUGGUCGACAAACCCGAAACCGAUGGGGAUUUCUCCCGGCCAGAAUCGCCCGCUAGCUGCUGCAGCGAUAAGGCAGUUAUUCCACCCAGCGAACCAGAAUCUUCACACCUCGAGAAGGAUUUGGCCCGUCCCGAUUCGGCCGCCAGUUAUCACGGGGAACCGAUCCCGGAUGAGAAGGCCUUCUCCCGUCCGGAGUCCCCCGCUAGCUGUGCCGAAGAGAAAGACGAAGCUAAGUCUGCCGAAGUUACAACGACUGAAUCGACGAAAGAAGAGAUCGUGGAAAUCAAAACAAAGGAGGGCAAUGACGGUAAAGAUCAGAAGCCUCUGCCAGAAGAAACGGGAGAUUACUCACGGCCAGAAUCUCCAGCCAGCUGUGGUGAUGAUACGGAACUACCACCGAAGGCUCCCGAAUCAAGCGUCCCCGAGAAAGAUCUCGCUAGGCCGGAUUCUGCCGCUAGCUAUCAUGGCGAACCCAUCAAGGAUGAGAAGCAAUUUUCACGUCCCGAGUCUCCUGCUAGCUGUGGCGAAGAUGGUGAUGCUACAGCUGGUGAAAAGACCACCGGUGAACCCUUGGAAUCUGAGAAAUCGAAAUCGGAGUUGAAGGUCGACGAAAAGCACACUUCACGCCCAUCAUCGGCUGCUAGUCACGUGUCCGAUAAAUCGGUCGAAUCGAAACAAAAACCGGAAGAAUCGCUUUCGCAACGUGAAUCCGCGUCGAAAGAAGAGCGUCGUCGCUCGUCCGUUGCCAGCGAUCACGGAGAUGAUAUCGAGGAAAAGAUCUUCGUCAAGGACUCCCGCUCGAAAUCACUCGCCUCUGUGCUCUCAUCCACAACGCAGCGAAUCGGACUCGAAGCCAGUACACUUGGAGUGCUGGCGGAAAGUACAACAACCUCACGAGAUGAUUUGGAUAUACUGAAAUCGCCACGUGACAGUGUCACCAAAAUCGACGACUUGCGACUCGUCAAGGAUAAGAGCGAAUCCAAAAUAGUUGGCAAACCACUUUUCGAGGCGAGUGAAUUCCCGAUUGAAGAGCCGUCGGAACCGGAAUCCGAAGGAUUCCCAAUAGCAAAGACGGACGAUGAUGUCCCAGAAACUCCCGAUUCCAAAGUUCCCCCCGCUAUGGUUCAAUUGUUGAAGGAAUCCGAGAGUUCCAUGAAGGAAAUUGAAAAGAUGUCAACGGCUGUUACCGACAUGAUUAAAGAAUUGGAGCGAAAGGAAGAACCUACAAAGCCGGAGGAAAAGACACUUUCGUUCCCUCUGUUCGAUAGCGGCAAGUCAACCCCUCUGUCGACCGAGAAGGACAAAUCACAAACUUCCAGUAUCAAAUCCACUAGUCCCCACGACAGAGACUCACUGGAAGAAAGCUCAGUUUCCCUUAACACCUUCAUCGAGAAGGAUAGUCUCUCGGAGAGCGCUACUAAACAUGUUACAAUCACGACCAGUGCAACGGAAGAUUCCAGCUCACAGUCUGUGACGACAAGUGUCUGCACAAAGGUCGAACAUACCGAGCUGCUUGGUGGCACCAAAACACCACCAACCGCGCCAAUCAGCCCAAAUGUGAGCGUAAAGGAGGGCUUCAGCUUGGCGCAACAUGUCGAAAGCACAAUCGCCGGUAGCCCCACAAUGACGACCGUCGUCUCCUCCUCGGGUCAGAUGGCCAAGCAACACAAGGAUGAUGUAUCUGGUGUUUCAACACCUAAAGAAUCUGUACCAUCUGGCAAGAGCAGCCCAGGGCUGAUGUCCGUUCACACAGGUAGUACAGAUAGCGCGUCCAAAUCAAUCAACCUCGGCCAAAGUUCAGGUAUUGAAACAUCAGAUUCAUCCCCGAAACCAACGUCGCCGUUCCCCAAGAUCGUCGACACUCUGAAAACUGACGACGUUAAAACCAGCUCCGGCAUGAGCACCCCCGAUAUGACACGCACCUCCACGCCAGAUGUGAUCGAUUCUCAGAUCGAACGAAUUCCCGACGACAAGCAGCAGGCGGCCGAUGGAACCAAAACGGUCACCACAACAGCGACCACGACUACGAGUUACGUAAUCAAGGAUGGCGAACAGUUUGAGAUUGGAAGCACUGAGAAGACAGAAACAACUACCGAUAGUAAGAAAGACGAUGUCAGCAGCGCCGGUGAGUCACUGUCGACCUCAAGCGUCACAACCACCACCACCACUACCAAAGUAGUCAAAGAAGCACCCAAGACACCCGCAAACCUUUCCCUGGCGACAACCGAAGAUCGAAGCCUAGCGGAAGAGUAUGACGAGAAAGAAGUUCUCUCGCCGCGGUCAGAUAUCUCAUCGGGACAAGCUUCACGCAUCGUUGCCGGCUGGCAUGAUGAAGAUGCUCCUGGAUCCCCGCUAAGUGUAACCUCGCAAGCUCCCCUAUCCCCGAGUACCAAAUACACCUACGAUUACGAUCUUCAGCAUUCCAGUUCCGGCGUGAGCAAAAAAUCGGACAUCGAAAUCGAUGACAGCCAGGAUGAGCUCCCCCCACAGUAUGGCAGUGAUGAGGUCAAAUCGGCAAUCACCAUUGCAUCCGCCUACAAACCUGAUCCAAUGAGCACCUCGUUCUACGGACAGCUACCAGACAUAUCUGAUACGCCAGUCACAAGCGCUCCGUCUGUCACCAAAUCGACACCAAUUCCCAUUGCUGCCGGAAGAGAUUUCACGAAAACCUACAUGGAAUACGCCUCCAGUGGGGACAGCAGUUUGGACUCCACUCACCGUAAGAUGUCCGGUGAGCGUAAGUAUCUGGACGAAGCGGAUCUGGACUUCGACAAGACAUUCACCAAAUCGAAUCAGAUUGAUCUGAUGACAACGUCGAUGCACUUCUCGAGCGACAAGGAAUUCAUGGCCGCAACAACGACUUCAUCGUCCGCGACUACUACCAUCGCCGAAGCCACCAAAAAAGAGCUGGACUUCACCGCUAGUGGUCUGCCGACAGCAUCUUCCUCUUCCGUGCAAGCACAAACUACGGUGACCACCACUGCUCUGUCCAGCACCACUACCGUCACCACCAGCGUCAGUCAGUCUCAGUCCGAGCAGACCAAGGAUACCCUGGCGUCCUGGGGAAAACCGCUGGGACUGCCGUCGCCCGCCGCUAUGAACGACGACAACAACAAGACCACCCCCAAGAAGGAACGCAAAAUGAUGAUCAGCGCGAAGACGAAACUCAACAACGAAAAGAAUCUACGCAAACGGUCGGAGUCCCCGAUCAAGGCGUCGAAGAAAGCCGCCCCGGUGUACGUGGACCUGUCGUACGUGCCGCACCACGGCAAUUCGUACUACGCGAACGUGGAGUUCUUCAAGCGGGUGCGGGCCCGCUACUACGUGUUCUCCGGCACGGAACCAAGCCGCGAAGUGUACAACGCCCUGCUCGAGGCGAAGCAAACUUGGGAAGAUAAAGAUUUAGAGGUGACUAUCAUUCCAACAUACGACACGGACGUGCUCGGCUACUGGGUUUCGGAGAAUGAGGACCUGCUGGCGAAGUACCACAUCGACCUGUCACCUUCGGCCGCCCGCUGCACAAUCAACCUGCAGGAUCACGAGACGUCGUGCUCGGCCUACCGGCUCGAAUUCUAGGCAAAGGGGAUUUUUGUAGCGUUCUCCAAUGAAAUCCACACGAUCCACACCCAGUCCUCCCAGUCCGCAUCCACUUCCUCGGCAUCACUUGCUGUGGCUGUUCCUGCUGCUGGGAUCGCCAGCGAGGUAGUAUUACCCUAAAUGCUUGGUUCCUUCCCCCCCAUUCCAUGGCUGUAUAUUCAGGAGAAUCGAACCAUCCCUGUACUAGGCUCCCUAAAUAGUGGUAUGAUUUAUAGGUCGUUAGGGAUCUAGGAACACUCUUUCUGGUAGCUGGGAAGAGCGUUUUUGCAGUACUCCAUUAAUCAUUAAACAACGGAGCGAUUCCCAAUUUCUGUUUCUACCAAUAAGAAAAAUUAUCUUUUACACACAAAGAACACAAACAUUAUAGUCAGACGUUACUCUGAUAGAGGAUAGGUAGUAUUAUGAAUAUUAUUACUAUUAUUAUUGAUAUUGAAAACCGUAGCCUAAACAAGGAAAAGACAUUGAAAUAUUGAGCUUAACAGUAAUAACAUUGAAAACCAAAACCCUUUGAAAAAGGCGAAUGAAUCAGUCGACAACCAAAUAUCAUCUUCUUCGAGAUUGUAUGUGCAAUUACAGCCAACUGCAAGCCAAAAAACACAGCUCCAACUAAUCGACCGAGAUAUUUAGGCGACCAUUUCUAGAACCGAUAGAGAGAUGCUUAUUCGUUCCGGAACCAGUGUAGGUAAGACGAAACUUUGCAUUAGGUAAGGUAGCUAGAGUUGUGAUAUUUUGUAUUAUUUCCAUCAAAACUAGCAAAACAAUUCCGGCGAUUCUAGAAACUCGAAGUCGGUAAACACGCGGUCCCGACGUUCCUUUGCUUUGCAUACACUUCCUCGACAUUCAGACAUUUUCCAUUGCCAAGUGGCGUCGUAGUUAUUGAACUGAGGGACACGUGUUUACCGCGCACACAAUCGAUUGCAACCGAUCUGGAAAGCGAUAGGGAAAAUUGAGAUACUAAACAUUGAAGAAAAUCACCUUCGCACGUCGGGACGCUUUCAACGUUUUCCCCCCGAUCCUUCGGGUCCGGUUCUCCCUUUCCCGUCUGCGGGCGGUGGCAAAAUUGCGCGCAACUUCCGUCUAAAGUAUUUUUGAGAUACACACCAUAACAAGAAGAUAAAAACAAAACACAGACACACACACGCAGAUGCACAUUCACAUCCACACACACACACACACGAGACACACCAUAUUUUAGAGUGCACUUUAAAAACAUGUUGACACCAUUGUUGACAGCCGAAGCCGAUGCCAUUUUGGAGAACUUUUUACAACCAAUCAAUAUAAAAUACCAUUUACUAGGUGAACUUUGAAUAGAAGUAACGACGACAAAAAGUAACAAAUAAUAACGCUUGUUCAAAAGAAGAUUAAACUAAUUAAAAAUUGCGCUGCCGCCCGCCGAUUGGGCGGAGGGAGGCAAGGCCCCUAGUCGGGAGGAAUAUUUAGCACGCAUUGGGCGCGCAUUUCAAUAUUAAAAAACUAUAUAGACAAAAAAGCAUAUUUAUAUAUUACGAAUGAUUGUUAAAUCUAUUCACAUGUUGGGGAUGUGGGGACGUAUAACCCUGAAAGCUGAACCGGAUAGCGAGCGAGAUGGUAUAGUUUUAUAUAUACAAACACACACACACACACACGGAAGGGAAAGGCGCGAAGGAACACGAUGAGAAUGCUACCUUGAGCGCGUUGGGUUGAGACGAUGAUUAUUACAUGAAUUUCUUUAUAUUCAUUGAAUCAAAUUUGAUAAUAUAUGAGAAAAAAAAACUAAUAUUAAGGUAAACAAAAAAAGUAUGUUGAUUAAAAUAUCGGAUAGGAAAAACUUGUUAAAAGUUAUAUUUUCAUUCCCUAAUGAUACUCCCUGUUGGGAUGGAUCUUAUACCAUUUUUCUCGCUCCAUCCGUGUUUUCCGUUUAUCUUUCCUUAUUAACAUGAAAACGACAAACAAAAGGCUCCCUGAGACAUUGCAGUUUAUGGGUUUAUGUGAAAAAUCCACUAAAAGUAGUGACCAUGUUAGGCCGAGAGCUUGCUUCGGAAACCCCCCUUUUUUUGUAAAUGUUUCUAAGAAAAAAAAAUCCGACUUUUCAAAUCCUUCCUCCACAAACACUAAGCUUUCGUUUAACUUAUUUUUCCUUAACAAAACCAGAAGCUUGAACUGUCGAAAUAUGCAAGGUUUACGUAAGCGCCAACAUGACCAAAAUUCACCUUUUCACCAUGUCAUACAUACGCCAAACAUGAAAAACAUGAUGUGUUCAUUCGAAAACAACUGUGAAUUAUUGAGAAUUGACUUGCUCUCCAUUCAGCAAUUGUUUCGUUACACAUGAAUGCUCAAACAGGACCGUUCCGAACGUCACCCAUCGGAGCGAAAGUUUCAUUUAGUGCAAUUAUCCUUUUGCAAAAAAAAUAAUAUGAUAUGAAAUUCAUCACAAUCUAACCAAAACCAAGAAUUGAUUUCGGAUCUUCACCCACGUCCAUUCGUAUCGCAAGUUCUUCAAAAUGGGCCUUCGAUUUGGGUCCCUCUUUUCUUGAGGCUUGUGUUUUUUCCGCUAUCCGUCUGGAAGAGCCAGGUCGCUUCGAACUUGAACAAGGCACACCAGGAAUCGAGCAUCGGAACGGCAGGUUGACACGUGUCUUGCAACGCGGUUGGCAGAUCCGUAUUACUCUCAGUUUCUACCUCGAAGCUAGUAUAACGGCUGCAGAAAAUCCAGGGCAGCUCUUCCGGACAUUAUAGAAAUUUUCUUCCAAAUUCGUUUCCUUCGUGCAAUCACUUGGACUAUCAACCGUCGAAGAAAAUUUUACGUAUUGAUCCUUAUCAGAUGAGUGAGGUAAGAACACCAACAUAGUAACCAAGUUUUACGUCAAGAUUGCUGUUCAACAAACACAUUGUUCGCAUAAACUGACGUAAUACGUUUUUAUUUCAUCCACUUUUGACCGUCAAUAUUUAUUAGAUGGAGAGAUUAUUUUAUAUAAAUUGUUCACAGUCAUGAUUAUUCAGCUAAAAACAAGAAAAACGCGUUUUCCCAUAACUGAAAGUGUUGGUGGUUACGUCUACCAUGCAUAUUUGGGCAGUAAAGACGAAAGCUCUUCUCGAAUGAGUACUAAAUACGUACACGAACUAAGACACGCGCAGCAGUCAGAAUGAAAUUGAGCAAACGCAAAUUUAGAAAUUGGAAACAAAAUUCUUAGUGAUGUUUAUGCCAGCUAAUACUUAAAAAAAAUGUUAUGUACCAAGUAAAAAUCACUAACCACUAGUGUCAGCGAACAUGUCACCGCAGGGGACAGGGACAGAGACGGGAUUGUAGGGGAAGAAAUUGGACGAUUUUUAUAUACGAUUUUAAGCUUUUAUAGUAGUGAAAUUGACCACACAGCUGAAGUUGCAAGAGCGCUUGUCGGAGACAAAACUCCUGAAGAGAAAUUGCGAAAAUAGUUGAAACGACUUUCUCUUUCAGUAUUCACCUCAGUAGGCGGAUAAUUUUCGGUUCUCAGUGGGCUUCUGUUUUCUUUUCGGCACAGUUUUAGGCGGGGAAAUGUGCUUUUGCUAGGGGGAUGGGAAAACGCAGCUCCCGCAGGGCUUACUUUGUUUUGCUAGCAUGAAAGCAUCGAAGCGUUCUGAACUGGGAAAUGGGCAUUCGUCGAUGCUGCGCGCUAAUGAUAUUGGUUAUGAUUUGUAGUUUUGUGAAUCGAUGAGUGCUUGGAGUAUAUGCAGGCCUACCACUACAAUGUGAGUGCUUUAAAUGAGGGAAAGUUAGGAGCGUGAAUGUUUCCUAGCGUUGGUUCACAGGUCAUCCGAAAAAAAACUUGUUCUACAUCCGAUUCAGAAACGAGUUACAGUCGAAAGAACUAACUGAAACAGACACAAACCCCAGUAAGGAAGGAAUGAAAGAGGAGCACGUUUGCGUAGUCUGGUGCUAGAAGGAAUAAAAACAAUUUUGCCGGAAAUGCCUUUCCUAGGGAAGAAUCAAUAAAGUGUGUAGCGGUGUCGAUUAGAAAUAAGUGCAUGUUGUUGUGUGAUGAGAGCGAGGAGAAACCGAACCCAAAAUAAGGAGGCGAGAUCAAAAAUGAACUGUGAGAGAAAGAGACGUUGUUUACGAACAUGAUUUUAUACUUAUUUAUUAUACUGAAUACCCAUUUUUUACUUCCCAACCUAGUAUAGAACGUAGCGUAUAUGAUAUAUGAUAGAUCCUCAAUUUUACUAAGUUUGCGCAGAAAUAUUAUGCAAUAAUUUAUCUUUUGCCUGAUUUCAAGGAAGAGCUAAAACGAUAACGAUAUUAUAUUAAAUGAAAACUAAAGAAGAAAAAAAACAAACCAAACAUAUGCAAAACAUUUUUUGAAUGAAAAAAAAAUAAACAUAGAAUGACCCUUUGCAUGUACUAAGAUAAAUUCCAACAAAAAAUAAACUAUUUAGAAAGUGUAAGCUGUAUUAUGAGUACUGGCAGUCAAAAAAAAACAUAUGAAAACUAUUUUAGCUUCAUCUAGUCAGUUGAUUGAAUGUUCCGUCAGUUCAGAAUUCCUUUAUCCAGAAUCCAAAAGCCUGCAUCUAGCUGAUGAAAAAAAAAUUUAGACAAAAAUGCAUUCCCUGCGCGAUUUACUACCAUUUGUAUCAAAAUUAAAGCAUACAAAGAUAAAGUUCGUCGAUCAACUCAAUCAUCACCAUUUGCAUCAUGGUGCGCAGAAAAGCCACAGAAAGCGAAUUGAUUUCCAUUGAGGCACUAUUAAAAAAGGUGGUUCUGUUUGUGAGGGCGCAAUUCAAAAACCGAUAUUCGUCAAACUACUACUGCACCACAACAUUACUCCUACUCCUGAAAUCGAGUCGCACACGCUGUUUUAAUGAAGGCACAGGAAAUCAAUCGAUCGAAAAGAAAGAGAAAACAAAAAGACGGAAUCAAUGCAAAAUGCACCGUUCUGCAAUGUAUGUCUAGCAUCUGUAUGGUCAUCCACAUUUCAAAAGUGAAGAACUUCACAUAAUUAUCCUAUAGAAACAAAAAAACAAAUUCCAUAUAAAACAAAUCAAUUUAAUUGAACAAAAAAAAGUAUAACCUAUUAUUACGAUGUAUGGUCAAAUAAAUAAAAAAUGUAUUGAAAAAUCAAUAAAAAUUACAAAACUGAAAAGUGUAACCAA